UAGGCAUACAAUACAAUAUAUAUGUACUUACUUUUUCUGUAUCUAUAUAUAUCUCCAAUUACAUAAUAUAAAAAUGGCUGCCACUUCUGCUCUUCUUUCCUCUCCAUCUUCGCCCCUCCUGCCUUCCAUUUCUCUUUACACUUCUUCCUUUUCGUCUUCAUCAUCUCAAACAUUACAUAUCCGGAUUGGGAACACUAAUUAUAAUAAUAAUUCAUUUCCUGUCACUACUACUCUUAACCAACCCAAAAUAAGGAGAAGUUUGGUAUGUGCAGCCAGUCAAGAUGCUGAAGAAGCCUUUAAAAAGACUGUGGAAGUUGAUAGACUUAUAGACUUGUUGAAGAAUGCAAGUGACCAAGAACUUCAAAAGCUUGUUCUAGAAAAUAUUCUUGCUUAUAAUGAGGGUUUCUGGAUACGACUUGCUGCUAGAACAGACACCUGCAGAUCAGAUGAUGAUAAAAAAGACUUGGAAGAAUUGGCUUCAUCGGUCAUGACCAUAGUUGAGCGUGUUGUGCACAAGACCAAUGAGAAAAUAGAGUCAGCUACCGACGUUCUGAAGGGAAUUUUAAGACCUGUUGUCAGUGAAGUUGAAGAGAUAAGUUGGCCUCCUCGGGAUCCUAAUGCCCUUGAUCUCAUGGAGAAUGAAGUAAACCAAAGGGAGAAGGAAGGCCAAUUAGAUGAGGGAUUUCUUUCAGAAGUCAGUGCACAACUACGGCAGGCAAAGGAAGAUGGGGAUAAGCCAGGUCUAGAGGCUAUGCUGCAAAAAGUGUUGCAACUUUAUGCUUCGAGAGUCCUCUCAAAACGCAGUUAUGCCAAGAAAGGGAAUGAAGUUUUAAAAGCUGAGCAGUGCCUUGAGGAAAUUAUCAAAGCUCCAGAAUCAGAAUGGAAUAAUGCGUUGAUCAAUAAUUUGAGUGUUGGUAAAGGAGAUAUCACACCAGAUGAACUCUAUGCUGUCAUAAAGAAACGAAGAGAAAGAACAUUGAUUCGAACGGAGGGAGGUUCUUAUCAGCAGCGUAUCCUUAUUGAGUUCUUAAAAGGCAUUCAAUCAAGAGCAGAAGAAAUUGCCCAGGUUCUUCAAGGAAAGCCAUGAUUGAUAGAAACUAAAAAUCGGGUUUUAAGGUACUUCCUUCUCAUGUGGAUCAUCUAAUAAACUUGUUCCAACUCGAUAGAAAUUGAACCCGAAAUGAAUUGGGCAGUUGAAUUAAUAUGAAGCAGCCCAGUCAAUCCCAGGUUAUACGUACAUAUGUCUAACUAUGUGAUCAUAAUUUUGUUACCUUAUUCGUCUAUUCGGCUAAACAAGAAACUUUUUCUUAUGAUAGUCUAAAGGGCAUGAGCUUGACUGCUAGAAGCUUGAGUUCAGUUACUGGGAUUUUGUAAAUGUAUUUAAUACAUAUAUAAAUAGAUAAUUGUCACUA